UAUUACCAUUAUUAAAUUUGCUACAUUUUGCUGAACACCCCGUCGCGUCCUGUUGUGGCGGUGACAAAGCUUCGACGUGAUCGUUGACAAUGACAACGAAUGUGGAAACGUCUAGCAGAUAAUAAACUCAGUCAAUGAGCAAUGAAAUUCUCUCGAGUCUCGGCAGUGAAGCUGAGGAGAUGCAUGGUGAGCGAUGAUCAAUUGAGAUUUAUUUUUUAACGUGUCGAUUGCGGUAGUUUUUUCCCGGAUUGUCGAAUAAAGAAUUCUGAUUCCUGCCUGCAACAGUCUCGUGCCGAGUACCGAAGCAUACUGUUCAGUAUUAUGUGGAGUGUUAUGUUCUUACCUGCAUUGGUGCUAGUAGCAACUUUUUUCGGUCAUCUGGUAACAAUUUGCCGGAGUAUAAAUAUUCUGUAUAUCAGCAGUGUCGCAUCGCCCAGUCAUUUUUUGUGGAGUCAACGGUUGUUCGAGAAACUCGCUGGGAUAGGAUACAACAUAACUGUAGUAAAUUUAUACAAGCAUGGAAGGAUUAGAGAUGUGCAGUUCAUCAAACUGGAUGGAAUUAUUGACAACUUGGUCAUGGAGGAUGAUGAUUACAUCGAAUUUGGUCAGAUGAAUCCGUUCGAAAUGGUUAUGUCAUUUUUCGAAUUGGAACUGUACGUUUGCGAGUUAGCAAUCAAGACUCCUGGAUUCAGAUUUCUUUUGGAGUAUCCUAGAAACUUUAAAUUCGAGCUCGUCAUUCAUGAUCACUUGGCAGGACCUUGUCUUCUUGUAAUUCUAUCGCAUUUUAACUAUCCGCCCUUAAUUCUGGCAUCGGCUUACAACCGUUUUUCAACCACAACUGAAUCUUUAGGAUCCCUUGUUUAUCCGGGAUUCAUCCCGAAUCAGGUGUAUGAUAUACAUGGUUUUAUGAACUACUACCAACGCAUUUACAAUUUUAUGCUAUUUAUUUGGGAAAGCCUAUGGAAGAACUUUAUCUAUUAUCCCAAAUUGGAUAGCAUAAUCAAUGUGGAGCUAAACCAAACCAUAGCAGUAUCAUCGUUGGAGAAGCGAGCAUUGUUGGCAAUUCUCAACUCUAAUCCCAUUCUGGAACCUUUCGAACCAAAGCUCACGAACGUUAUUCAAGCUGGAGGACUUCAUAUCAAACCAACGAAACCUUUACCAACCACCAUACUGAACGCCAUAGAGAGAUCAUUUGACGGCGUAGUCCUUUUCUCGCUUGGCACAAAUGCUCGUAGUGAUUUGCUGAGCUCCUCGAUUCUUAGUGAACUUAUUACGGUUAUGCGUAGACUACCGUCACUUACAUUCUUAUGGAAACUGGACUCAGAUCAUUGCCUUCCCUCGAAACUACCAGCGAAUGUGUACAGUUUUUCAUGGCUUCCUCAAAAUGACAUACUAGCGCAUCCAAAAUUGCAGCUUUUUAUUACCCAUGGAGGAUUACUCAGCAUUCAGGAGGCUGUCUGGCAUGGAGUUCCUAUACUAGGAAUACCCAUUUACGCCGAUCAAUUCGGAAAUGUGAAUCAAAUGGUGGACAAAGGCAUUGGAAAACGGCUAGAUUUGACCAAGUUCUCAUCCCGUCAGUUCGAGCAUUGCAUUGUGGAUAUAAUAACGAAUAAUAGACGAGCUGCCGUGCAAUUGUCGCAAAUCGUUCGAGACCAAAAAGAGCAACCACUCGACUUGGCAGUUUGGUUUGUAGAAUGGGCUCUGAGAAAUGCAAACACUGCUCAUGUGUGGAAUCAAUCGUUACAGCAGUUCGGAGUUUUCCAGAAAUAUUCAUUGGAUGUAAUAAUUAUUUUGCUAAUAUGCUUAGCAAUUAUUACAUAUUUGAUGUUUAUGUUUUGGAAAUCAAUUUGUUGUAGGAAAACUUCGUAUAAAAUGAAAGCGCAAUAAAAUUGAGUACGGAUUGGUUGACUUACAUGAAAUUCUAACAAAUCAGUUAAUAUUUCAAUCAAACUAUUUUUUAUUGCAACAGUAGAACAAAUUCAGCUAAAUCCAAAUGGCUUUUCUAUUGAAUACUUUUCAUACAUUGGUUUGGGUUCUCAAAAUUCCG